AUGAAGAACGCCUACUGCGAGGACGGAGGAGUGCAACUUGAAGGCUCCCAAAUCGUGGAAACUUCGUCAUACGUAUACCUCGGACGUUCUAUGAACAUGGAAAACGACUUGAAGGAAGAACUGAAUAAAAGAAUGAGAACAGCAUGGGCAGCAUUUGCAGCCGUCAGGGAAGCUACGGACCAACUGACAGACCAAGAUCUUCGUGCCCAUCUGUUCGACUCGACAGUUCUUCCAGCGCUCUGUUAUGCAGCGGAAACGUGA